AUGUUCGAUCAGGCUCCGACCGAAAGCAAGAAGCGCCUCGCGCUGGCCAUCAUCGAUUUCCUCGGCUCCAGCCUGAAGGACGGCACUCUCACUGCUGACGAUGCCGAGUCGAUCGAGAUCGCCCAGUCCUGCAUUGCCGAUACCUUUAAGGUCGACGCUUCCGACGAGGCCGCGGUGAAGGAUGCUGUUGGUGGUCAAUCCCUGGCCAACAUCUACAGCGUCUACGAGAAGCUGCGCAACAAGUCGACUCCCCAAGCCGCUGACUCUGGCGCUCAAAGAUCGCAAACCGAGACUCCGAAAGCUGGCUCUCCUACCGAUGAGUCCGACAAGCUGAAGUCCGAGGGCAACGCUCUCAUGGCCAAGAAGGACUACGCCGCUGCCAUUGAGAAGUACACACAGGCUCUGGAGAUCGCCCCCGCCAACCCCAUCUACCUCUCCAACCGUGCUGCCGCAUACUCUGCUUCCCGCCAGCACGACAAGGCCGCUGAGGACGCUCAGCUGGCCACCACCGUUGACCCCAAGUACUCUAAGGCCUGGAGCCGUCUGGGUCUUGCCCGCUUCGACAUGGGUGACUACCACGCCGCCAAGGAGGCCUACGAGAGCGGUAUCGCCGCUGAGGGUAACGGCGGCAGUGAUGCCAUGAAGCGUGGUCUGGAGACCUCCAAGAAGAAGAUCGAGGAGGCCAGCGGUUCCAGUGAGCCCCCGUCCGAGGAGCUCGACAACGCCUCUGGUGCUUCCCGUGGCGCCGGUGCCGGUGGUAUGCCCGACUUGUCCUCGCUUGCUGGCAUGUUCGGUGGUGGUGGUGCCGGCGGCGGCGGUAUGCCUGACAUGAGCGCCAUGAUGAACAACCCUAUGUUCUCCCAGAUGGCCCAGAGCCUCAUGAGCAACCCUGACAUGCUGAGCAACCUGAUGAGCAACCCCCGCCUGCGCCAAAUGGCCGAGAGCUUUGGCCAGGGUGGUGGCAUGCCCGAUAUGUCUAGCUUGAUGAGCGACCCAAGCAUUGCUGACAUGGCUCGUAACAUGAUGGGUGGUGCUGGCCGUGGCGGUGGUCAGCAAUGA